ACUGCGUAUUUUGCUACAGAAAAAUAGGAACUUCUGGUCCAACCACAAAAAAACGCCUACCCUGGUAUGACAUCAGAAGCAUUGCAUUUUUUUUCUUUUUCAAACUUCUCUGCCAGUUAUUUCUUCAACAUGUAGCUGAUGCCUCUUGUCUGCAUGCAAAAAUUCUUAUGGCCUCACAAAGAUGGAAGCUGAUAGCAGUGGUUGUGGGGCAAGUCUCCCAAUUCAUGCUGAGGAAAAGAAAUUAUUCAUGAUAGGAAAAGUUGCAAAGGUAACUGGAUCACUUAUACUAGGAGGCUUUGUGUUCAUUACCUAUGAAGUCCUGUCCUUAAAUAAGUUACUGAAAAUCGAUACUCAAGCUCUACAUCAAGAAAAACUGAAAUCCUAUAUAUACGUACGUACAGCUUCUCUAAAUCCGAGUGAAUAUCAAGGAAUUACAUACAAAGCCAGAAAAGAAAUCCAUAAAGCAGUGAGGAGAAUUCUAGAAACAGAAGCCAAAAUCUUCCGGAGGCCUUUUAGUGAACAAUUCAGUACCUUUGAUGGAGAAGAUCAUGAGUGUGCCUUAUGGCUUCUCUUAAAGAGAACUCAGUCAGAAGACAAAGCAAUCCGACUGCAGGCUGUACAAGACCUGGCAAGCAACAGUCACUGGCAUGAUUAUCAGUAUGUCACAGUUGCUCAAACCUGUGAUCAAAGGACUGCUAUAGGUUUGGCUCGAUCCAAAGAUGUUGACCUUCGCUUUUUCCUGCCUCCACCUCCAUUGCCAAAAAUAAAGACUGACUAUCCCAUAGAAGAUGAACUUCGUUUGUUGUUGGUGUCUUUACCUCAGACUGGGCUUGAUCCAUGUGUCCAGUACUUCACAUCUCUUGCGUUACGUGAAAGUAGCCAGACUCUUGCUGCACAAAUGGGAGGCUUAUGGUGUUUUGGAGGAAAUGGACUUCCAUAUUGUGAGACAUUGAGUAAAGUCCCUUCAGAGACAGUGGAACUCUUUUGCUUGCAGGCUUUAGUACAGCAUUCUAAGAUUUCCUCUCACUGUGAUAAAAUUGAAGCUAAAGGAGGCCUCCAGCUACUGCAGAGGAUAUAUCAGCUACGUAAAGAUUCAGCAAAGAUCCAGAGGAACAUAAUCCGCAUUAUUGGGAAUAUGGCUUUGGAUGAACAUCUGCACUCAUCCAUAGUACGUGCAGGUUGGGUUUCUGUUCUUGCUGAAGUAAUGAAAUCCCCAUACAUCAUUCAGUCUUCUCAUGCAUCCAGAGCUUUGGCUAAUCUAGACAGGGACAUGGUGAAAGAAAAAUAUGCAGAUGGUGUUUAUGUCUUACAUCCCCAAUAUCGUAGCAGCCAGCCUGUCAGAGCAGACAUCCUCUUUGUUCAUGGGCUUUUGGGAGCAGCAUUUAAAACCUGGCGGCAGCAGGACAUUGACCGGCAUUUGGAUAGAAAGGCCUCAGAAGGGGAAGAGGAAUACACUCAGUGCUGGCCAAAGACAUGGCUUGCUACAGACUGUCCUUCCCUUAGAAUCAUAUCUGUGGAGUAUGACACUCAUUUGAGUGACUGGAAAGCAAAAUGUCCUGUUGAGGCUCAAAGGGAGUCUAUUGCUUUCAGGAGCAGUGAGCUGCUUGACAAGCUCAAAGCUGCUGGGAUUGGAGACAGACCUCUGGUGUGGGUAUCCCAUAGCAUGGGUGGUCUUCUAGUCAAAAAGAUGCUGGUGGAUGCUUCCAAGAAUCCAGAAAUGGAUAAAAUUGUAAACAACACCAGAGGAAUCAUAUUUUAUAGCGUACCUCACCAUGGUUCCCAGCUGGCUGAAUAUUCUAUAAAUGCCAGAUAUCUCCUCUUCCCAUCUGUGGAGGUUAAAGAGCUCAGCAAGGAUUCUCCUGCCCUUAAACAGCUGAAUGAUGACUUCUUGUCUUUUGCCAAAGACAAGAAAUUUUCAGUGCUGAGUUUUGCAGAAACCCUACCCACACACAUAGGCAGCAUGUUAAAACUGCAUGUUGUACCUGUAGAGUCAGCAGUGAUAACCUCCCUAAAAAAGCUGAAUCAGGCAGUUGCUUUACCAAGGAGAGCCACUUACCCACCCCAAACACGACUGCAGCAGAGCCACCAGGGUGCCUACUGCAACUUGAAGCUGCAGGACUGCAGCCAUGGGCAAGCUCACGUGUGGUGUCUUGCCAAAGCCUCACAUACUAAAGGCAGACACUUGUAGACUUGUGUCUGGUAAAUCAUACCUGGCUUCACAGCUGCCAUCAGCAAUUUUUGCCAAGUGCUGGCUUCAUGACCGAAAGAAUGUCACAGGAUAACCACUCCCUACAACCCAUUAUAUGCCCCUGAAGAGUGACAGCUGUCCCUGAGGACACUGAUUUCCAUUGAUUAUGUCCCAAUGAGGAUGGGCAGCAGAGCUGUGCUGUGGGUUUCCUGGUUGUGGACAUCAGGUACUAAGGGGCAUGGUGGGGCCUGGCUUAAUCCCAAAUGAGAAGGAAAGAGUCACUGCCUCCUGCAGUCUGAGUUUUCCAUAGUGAUUUCCCAAACAUGGAGCAAGUCUGGCUCUGCUUUGCUUCCUCUGACCAUUGAAACUAGAACCAGAUCACAAGCAGGUCACAAGCUCCUGCCUCUGAGAAAACACUUGGCUGCGACUUUGGGCACCAGUGUGGAAGGUAAUUUAUUGAGACAGGAGAUUCCUCAUUCUGUGCUGUAACCUUUUCAGCUGGACUGUCUGUCCCCUUGCCUUGAUUUGCUGCGACUGAGCAAUAUCUCCUGUCACUGAUAGCAUAAACCAGCGAGCUGCCGGGAUUCAUCCUUCAGUGGGCAGCUUGCCACAGACACAGACAUAAGAUAGAAUGCUAAAGGCCACAUCCGUCUCUUAUUCAAGGAGAGUAAUAAAGCAGAUUUUAUUUGACUUGUAUAAAUCCAGUUUAAUUGGCUUUCCUGCUAACACUUUCAUUAACAUGUAAAUUAGCUGUCCUAGAGCUGUUAAUUAUCUUUGCAGAAAAUGUUGGAUGUGAUCAUAUACCGUACUCUUUCUUUUUUAUUGCUAAUGUUUUAUACUGAGAUGUGCCCAUAAAUAUUCACUGUAUUUUUUAAGAGGAGGACCAAGAGGCAAAGGCUUUGUGUCAUCUUGUAGGGAAAUGAGUAUCUUAUAUUAUUCACCAGCCUGCAACCACGUUAGGCUGACACUCACAGGAGAAGCUAAGCACUGGGCUUUAUGGGCUUGGCCUUUGAAGGUUCGGGGGAUUUUUUUUUAAGUGUUUGGCAAAUGAGAGAGCAGAGGAGGAUGACAGGUGCUCAAAGGCAGCAUCCUCUCUUACAGGAUCUCUUGUGUUCAAAAUCUGGCAGUGGCAGAGAAACAGGUAGGCAUUGUGAGGAAGAAAAUGGCUGCAUUCCCAGUGUUUGGGAAGCUCAGAACAAGCUAAUUAAUUUUCCUGUAGAAAAAGGAAAAAAACCUUAACUUUUUAAAUACAUCUCAAAAAUUUUUUUGAAAAUUAGUUGUUUUUUCAGCUUCGCCACCUGCUUAAAAAUGUUCUUUUUCCUUUAUUAAUGAAAGAUCUUGAUGCUUCUCUUAACAAGUUACCAUGACAAGUUGCAAUCUGGUUAUUAGCUGUCUGCUUUGCACAAAUGGCAUCCAUCAUGCACAGUUCUACCCCACAGGCAAGGCAGAAAGAACCAGCUCGCUCCUCAUCUGCGCUGUGGAAACAGAAGACCGACAUGGCAUUUGCUUGUGAAGAGAGUGGGAACAGGGACACAACUCCUGAAUUGCAGAACUGCCUUUAGCAUAAGACAUGCCCAUGCCAAUACCUGUGGCAUCAGCUGGUCUCAACCAUUCCCAUAUUUCCUCGGGAUCUGCACAGAAAAUGCACAAGCAGCCUAUAGCAUCUCCUUGCAGUGAAACAGCAUUGGAAAACUAUAGUCCCUUUUCCAAGUGUGCUGUUGGUCAUGGGCUUGGGAACAAAAACCAGGGUGAGGUUUGGAAACUUGCAGCAGAGCAAUACCAGUGUUACUGCUGUUGUUAUACUGGUGUACAUUCCUCCUUGAGAUGUUUGUUCCAGAAUAACUGGCAGACGAACUCUUCGAAGUAAGGAUGCUUUAUUUCAAACAGCAGAAAUUGAUUAAAAUAUAUAUUCCAAAGGAAAAUGUUGGGUUUUUUUUAAUGUCUUUUUUCCAUACAUCAUUACAUGUUCUUACAUAUAAUUUGUACCUGAAAUGAAACAAAACAUCUUAAGAUGGAUUAAUAAAAAGAAAUAACUUAGAAUAAGGAAGUUUUCAAAUGAGCUGUAGGUAAUGCUAGGUUGUAUGUACUUUAUAUACUUCCCUCCAGGGGCCGUAUCUUUAAAUGUGAAAAUGAAAUGUAGCAUGGACAGAUGAUCAUUAAAUAUAAAAAAGAUUUUUUCUUAAAAUU